UGAUCAUAGAAUAUCAAAUUGUGCCAACAUUUAAGGAGUUUUGUCAUAUACCGGUACGUACAUUGUAUGUGUGUGUGUACGAAUGUGAAUACCAUAUGAACAUUUUAUAAAUAUAUUUCUUUCAUUGCCUGUUAUUGAUGUAUAAUUAGCAUCCAAAGUCCCUUGCGAAAUAUCUUACAAUCUGAAAUACUUAUUUUUGUUUCUUUUCUAUCCUUUAUUUGCUAUUUAAUGCAAACAUUUCCAAAUAUAUUUUUCACAUGUAACUCAUAACAUAUGCAAUUUUUACAUAUUACCAAAAGAAGUAUAUAAACCUAAUAGGCUUAUGGUUUAAUUUCAAUACUAGACCGUGACAAUUUAUUUAGAAUUAAAAGUACAUCUGGGUAGCCGAAAAACCCGUAUUCGAUUAAGUGGUUUUCCAUUUUGUGAAUCGGGUAGGCGUCUUAUUACAUUUAUAAAACCAAAAUAUCACGGUCGUAGUAAAAUUACGCUAUAUAUAACACUUAUCACUACAUAAAUAUUUUGACUUGUUAUAACAUGUUAAAACACAAUUUUUGAGCAGAAGAUCGAAUAGUUCUGACAACAGCUAUUAUAUAAAAAAAUCCCAAAGUACUUUGGAAAUAACCGAAAUGACAUUGAUUUUUUUUUGCAAAUGGAAAACCAGAAACUAUGUUAGAAAACACGUAACGUACAUAUUGGUUUCACGAGUUUCUUAAAAUUUAAAGGCUAUACGAACAUUACAACAUACAAUCGGUAUAUGGUAUUUGUUUGAAUAUUGUUAAAUUUUGUGAAAUGUUUAUUUUAUCAUCCAAUUGUACGUCGUUUACUGCAUUAAAGCCAUCGUCGUCUAAUAUAUAAUGGCUUUAUCAAAAGAGACCGCGAAGUUUCCACCAGGAAUAGUAGUUUCAGCUGCCAUCGACCUUGGUACCACGUUUUCCGGUUAUGCAUUUGCUUUCAGGGAUGAUCCUUUUAGAAUAUUUGCAAGUACAUGGCAUUCGAGGACAACGGCAAACUUGAUCGCUUACAAAGCACCGACAACUGUUCUACUCCGACCAAACGGGGAAUUUGAAGCAUUUGGUCUUGAAGCCGAGGAGAAGUAUUCCCUGUUAACUGACGAGGACACUCAAUAUGGAUGGUACUUUGUUCAAAACUUCAAAAUGGAGCUAUAUCGUCAAGAGAAACUAUCUCGUGAAACUAAACUUAAAGAUAUCGAAGGAAAAGAAAUAUCAGCAAUGAAGAUAUUUACACUGGUUAUUAAGUAUCUUCGAGAGAAUUUGACGGAUGAAGUUCGCCGUAGUAAGACACACAUUGAAGAUCAUGAGAUUUUCUGGGUGCUAACUGUUCCAGCAAUAUGGUCAGAUGCGGCAAAACAAUUUAUGAGGGAGGCUGCAACAAAUGCUGGUAUAACCACCACGCAACUGAAACUUGUGCUGGAGCCCGAGGCUGCAAGUUUAUUUGGCCAAGCAACCUAUACCCAACGAGACGUUCAAGCUGGUGGCAUAACGGAGCUCAAACAUUUCUGUCCUGGUCAGAAAUACAUCCUCGCUGACCUCGGUGGUGGAACCGCUGAUAUAGCUACCCAUGAAACUCUUCCAGAUGGGAACCUAAGAGAGAUAUUUAGGGCAACCGGUGAUGAACUCGGUGGUAAUAGAGUAAAUUUUGCUUUUUUAACAUUUCUUGAAAAUCUCGUUGGCAAAGAGGUUAUGGACCACUUUAAAAAUACCGCUAGAGGAGACUACCUAGAUUUCGUAAGAGAAUUUGAAAUGAAAAAGGGAAGAAUAGGUGCCGAUGAACCAGUGUCCAUGAUUUUGAAGGUCCCGCCUAGUUUUAGCGAAAGUCUUUUAUACAAAAGGCAUGUAACGUUAAAGCAAUGCAUUACCGAGGAAAAAUUGGCAAAGGUUAUUGAAGAAAAGAGGGGUAAAAUAACACUAAAACACGAACUGGUAAGUGUGUUCUUUAGAGAGCCAGUUAACGAAAUAAUUAAAAAACUACGAGAAAUCAUACAAAGUGAAAAAUUUGAAAUAGACACACUGUUGUUGGUUGGUGGAUUUUCAGAUUCACCUUUCGUUAGGGAAUCAGUGAUCAGAGAGCUAAGAGCAGAUUUUAGAAGAUUAGACAUAGUAAAACCAGAACAGGCCUCAUUGCAUGUGUUAAAAGGAGCAGUGCUUACAAUUUUAAAACCAAAUCACAUCAGUGAGAGAAUUUCAAGAUUCAGUUAUGGAUUUAGAGUAGCCGAACCAUUUAAUGAAGAGGUGCAUCCGGCAGGUUUAAGAGAAAGACGUCGGUCAGGCUUGGAAUACUGUUCGGACAUAUUUCAUAAAUGUAUAGAAGUAGGACAGUGUUUAAAGUAUGGUGAAAAGAUAAAAAUUGAAUUUUCCGGAAACAGAAAUGAAGUAGGAAGUAAACAAGAACCCUGCAGCACGGAACUUUAUCGUUCAUCAGAAGCUGAUCCUAAAUAUUGCAUUCCCGAUGAAGGUUGCGAAAGAGUAGGAAAAAUGGUCCACCAUCCACCGAGAGGAGGGUGGGGUAAUAUUGUAAUGUUUACAGCAGAAAUCGAAAUCGGAGAAUCAGAAUUUAAGAUUUCUGUUAUAAAUGCGACUACACAGGAAGUAUAUGAGACAACUGUGGAUUUUCUUGAUGAUUAAGUUUUAAACGAGUCUGCAACACAUCGCCGUGUUGGACUACCAGUUUUCAGUUCAGUUCAGUGUUUCUCUCUAUUUCUUUAUCCAAACAAAAUCUAAAAUGAUCUAGAGGCCAUCGGGUAUUGUAGUAAUAAAUAGCAUGACGAUUAAAUGCUAAGAUGUGUAACUUUAUCUUAAAUUUUGUAAUUGUAAUGCUAAGCUGUGCUAAUUUGUCAUCUUUUUUGUUAUUUUGUGUGUGUAUUUUAAAAAGGGUUAUACUUUAUCAUUUCAUUAAUGUGUCGAUAUACGUUAUUAUCUUACAGAAUAGUUCAUGCAGAUGAUAAUUGUACACAUAAUCUGUAUCAGGGCAGUUGUUUGGGCUAGUGAGUUUAUUACCUAUCACUCAUACACACCAUGACCUGUUGUCAAUGAACUUAUUUUUUUAUGAAAUUAUAAUGAACUUCAAGGUGUGGCUAAUAAAAAUUGAUUCCAUAUCAGAACCAGAUUACAGUCGACCUCCAUUUAGCUUUCGUCAGAUUCAACAACAUGUAAUUGCAACGUUUUUUCUAUGUUGUAAUACAAAACUGUUAGACUGUUAUAAUGUUGUAAAACAUAAGUGAGUCAUUCGUUUAGUGUUGGAUAUAAGGGACCAAAACUAAUAAAACAAUAAGAAUAGGGAGCAAUGUGUCUCAAUGUGAUGUUCAAAUGAUUAUUAUUUAUGACUAGAGUUUUCCUUUUAAAGAGAAAGAAGAACAUCGUAAAUUGUUUUUCAACAACAGAAUAUUCUAACAUUAUUCCCCGAGACUAUCCAUCACUUUGCUUUUGUAUGGACUUAAUUUUAUGGUACAUGUAUACAAAAUAAAAUGCAUAGAGUUUCCAAGUUUUUCUAUAGAUACAUGAUUUAUUUCUAUUGAAUGGUAUGAAUAUAAAAAUUCAUUUGUGGCGGCAGCAUUAAUAUUGCAUUUUAAACUGUUUUGACAUUACAAUUUGAAAGACUACACCUUAAACUUUGUGUAUUGGUUGAAUUUAAAAAGUAGUCCGACAGGACACCAUGACAAUACGUAAAAUAUGUUUCACUUAAGUAUUAAUAAAUAUUAACUGUGAAAUAAGGAGAUAAUGGUGAUAAUAAUAAUAAUACUAAUAAUAACGCAUUUUAUUUCAUCAAUAUUUCAAUUAUAAGUAUAUUAUAACAUAGUUACUUUUUGUGCAAUAUCACGACGUACGGCAAACUUUAUACAACAUAUUUAUAUACAAAUGUAAAUAAAUGUCUUUGAAUAAACGAG